AUGCCCCGUCGAUGGGUCUUGGCCGACGACGAAACGUCCUCCGCCGAGUCUGACUUCUCGGAAACCGACGUUUCCUACACUCGUCCUGGCCGCCGCACCGUGGUCAAGCGCCGCUCGUUCUCGCGCGCCCGACGACAUAGCCCGAAUUCAAAUGGCUUUCUUACCCCUGCGGUCAUCGCUCCCCCGCCCCGCCGCGCUGCUUCAACUGGAGGCAGGCGCCGCGGCGGUGACGACCCAGUAGUGGUGGUCGAUGUUCAUAACGAUGUCCACGCCAAACAGGAAUCGCGGGAUCGUCGCAACCACUACGAGCGCCGCGAUGAACGCCGCGCUGCCGAGGACGAUGUCGAAGACGUUGCUCGGGCGUACCGUCGCCCGAGAGUCGUCGCUGAAGCCUCCCGUACUCCGUCUCCCCGCCAGCGUGACUGGGAAUUACUCAUGGACCAGCGCAUUAUGGCCAACAAUGACAUCCGUCAGGACCUAGAGCUUGCUAAACAGCAGCAAGAAAUCGACCAACUCGAGCGGCAGCUCGCGAAGAUCAGGGCGAAACGUCAUGAAGAACGACAUGAACCUGCUGCUCGCCGGCGGCUGGCUGAAGAAGAAUUCUGGGAAGAGGAGCUUGCCGAGAAACUGCGUAAACUUGAACGCCUAGAGCGAUCGAGGCGCAGCGAGGAUGUUCAAAAAGCUGCCGAUGAACGCGCCAGGAUGAAACGGCUGGAAGAAAUCGAGCAAAAGAUGGCUGCCGAGGACGAACAAAGAGCCGCCAACCAGCGCGCUAGAUUCAAGCAGCUAGAAGAAGCAGAGCGAAAGGCCGCUGAAGAGGCAGAGGCCGAGCGCAUGGCCCAAGAGAAGCAUUUGAAAGCGCUUGAAAAACAGGAAAAGAUCAGGGCUGAACGGGAACGUUACAAGCAGGAGAUCCGCGAUGAGGAAGCUCGAAAACUGCUAGAGGAACAAGAACGGAAAAAGGAGCUUGAUGAAAUCAAGAGCAAGGCCAUUCUAGAGUGGAAGCAUGCUGAGGAGGCCAGGAAACUCAGAGAAAUCGAAGAAAAGAAAGCAAAGGACGAAGAGUUUAAAGAACGAUUAAAGCUCGAAUUUGGACUCAGCGAGGAGGAGCUUGAAAAGCGGCUGAAGAAACCCGAGGAGGAGAAAAAGGAGAAGAAGGAGAAGAAGGAAGAAAAGCCAGAAAAAGCAGAAGGUGCAUUGGUUUUUGUAGAACCACCGCCCGAGAAGACGACCUAUAUCCGGGUACACCGCAAAUACCUGCAACCUGCAACAUUGGAAGCUUAUAAAUUACCGUGGGACUGGGAUAAUCGCGACCACAACUACAUAAUCAUCAAGCAAUGGAUUUCGGAGGAUUUCCAGGAAGAGCUUUUCGCUCACACUCGACGACUUCGCGGGGGCAAGCUCAUCGAAGAGACCUCGACGACGCUUACCGAGUUGAAAGUCGACGAUCGGAAAAGAGAUAGAAUGUAUCUCGUUCGGAAGAAGAAUGCCAAUCCCCGGGCCUGGAUUUUUACUUAA